AUGGAGAAACCAAAACACGAAGUAGACGAAAACCCUUCACCCGCCGCCACUAUCAUCCCUCAAAACAACAUCGUUACCCACGAAAACCCUAACUCCAUCACCGAAAACACCACCACAUUCUCCGAGCUCGGACUCUCGGAAUGGGCGGUGAAAACCUGCAAGGAGCUCAGAAUGUUAACGCCACGCCGCGUGCAGCAGUACUGCAUCCCCAAGAUUCUAGAAGGCCGUCAUGUAAUCGGAAUCGACGAGACUGGUAGUGGUAAAACGGCGGCGUUUGCGCUUCCUAUACUCCAGCGUCUGGCGGAGCAUCCGUUUGGUGUGUUUGCCCUCGUGGUGACGCCCACUCGCGAGCUUGCGUUUCAGCUCGCGGAGCAGUUUCGUGCCCUUGGUUCCUCUAUCCGACUCCGGAUUGCUUUGAUUGUUGGUGGUAUGGAUAUGCUUAGACAGACUAAAGACUUGGUUGCUAGGCCUCACCUUGUUAUCGCUACUCCCGGAAGGAUCAAUGUUUUGCUCAAGGAUAAUCCUGAAAUUGCUCCUGUUUUCUCCAGGACUAAGUUUCUUGUCUUGGAUGAAGCAGAUCGGGUCCUGGAUGUUGGGUUUCAGGAGGAAUUGAAAUUUAUCUUUCAGUGCUUACCAGAAAGCCGGCAAAACCUAUUCUUUUCUGCAACUACAACUAGUAAUUUGCAAAAGUUGCGUGAGCGUUAUCAACAUAAGCUAUAUGCCUUCGAGGCUUAUGAAGGGUUUAAGACAGUUGAAAAACUCACUCAACAAGCUGUAUUCAUCCCUAAAAAGGUGAAGGAUGUGUAUUUGUUGCAUAUCUUGUCUAAAAUGAAAGAUAUGGGAGUUCGGUCUGCCAUUGUCUUUGUCUCCACUUGCAGAGAUUGUCAUCGUUUAAAUUUAAUGCUGGAAGUGCUUGAUCAAGAAGCUGCAGCUCUGUAUUCAUUCAGAUCACAGGCUCAGAGGCUUGAAGCACUUCAUGAAUUUAAAUCAGGAAAGGUUCCUAUAUUACUAGCAACUGAUGUUGCUGGCCGCGGUUUGGAUAUUCCUACAGUUGAUCUUGUUAUUAAUUAUGAUGUUCCAAGGAUUCCACGAGAUUAUAUCCAUCGUGUUGGUCGUACUGCAAGAGCAGGUAGAGGGGGGCUUGCUCUGAGCCUUGUCACCCAGAAUGAUGUUGAUCUCGUUCGUGAAAUAGAGGCCCUUACCAAAAGGCAACUUGAUAUGAUUGAAUACAAAGAAAAUGAGGUGCUUUCUCUCAUGAAAAAGGUUUUCAGUGCUAAAAAUGUUGCAACAAUGAAGAUGAUAGAUGAUGGGUUUGAAGAGAAAGCAAAAGUGAGGAAAAAACAGAAACUGAAAAUGUUAGAAGAAAAAGGAUUAUUAAAGCAAAGAAGUAAGAGAAAAAGAAAUAAAGAAUUUUCAAAGAAACAUGAAAAAGUGGAACUGGAUGCAUCAGCAGAUAUAGCAUCACUAAAGAAAAGGAGCAAAAAUGAAAGGCAAGAGAAAAAUGGAGGUAUAUUUUGA